CAAAUUCAUUUCAACUUUGCUAAUGAAAAGAUCAAUAGGAGCUGAUUUGGAAUCAAGUAACACUUCAAAUGCAGUUCAUAAAAGCGAUCCUCUUGCUGAGCUGUCUCCUGUUUGUGAGGGAGAAUCAUGUAAAGGCAGGAGUGGGUCUGUUUAAGCUAUUGGACUGUACUGAAAUCGUUAUUGAGGGUGCCGGCAAAGUUUUAGUUAGGACCAUACCUUUACUAACGGAUUGGGCCAAAUGCGUAAAUUUCGCUCCCGAUGCUAAGGGCGAUCUAGGUAUUCGGGACUUGUUUCCCAUUCUGAACCAGUUCCUCAAAAAAAUUAUAAUGAGUGCAAAGUGCAUGAAGGUAGCGCUUAAGACAGUCAAGGGUUAUGUCGAACCGCAUGUGAAAGAAUUCAUGGAUGAGAAGUGCUUGGAGUAGCCCCAAACCCCAAUAAACCAAUCGAUAUAAGAACAUUGCUAAA